AUGUAUACCCAGUAUAGAGACCGGCCUAGCAGUCCCAACGGUAGACCGUCUUUCCAGCAAGACUAUUUCCACGAAAACAUCCCGGCGUCCCACUCUGCUACACAUAUUCCCCUCGUCGCUCCCACUACCAACUAUGGUGCCCAACCAAUUGCAGCGGCUUCAGGAGAGUUAGGGCAGUACUACGAUGAUGACCGACACCAUGACAGCGGAAUGUAUCGUAGUCAAAGUGCUGGUCAAGGUGGCUCCGGUGUAGGUUUGGGUGCUGCGGGUGCAUCGGCUUCGGCAAUGGGAGCGACAUCACGCCCUCACUUUGGAGAUAGAAGAGAGAAUAUGGAUCAAGAUGCGAAUGAGCAGUGGUUGCACAGUACGCAAUCAAGGUCCGGAAAUAAACGAUCCAAAUGGAUGAUCAUCGGUGGUGUGGCGUUGCUCGUUCUCAUUAUCAUCAUCGCUGUCGUUGUCGGCGUGGUGGUGUCACGAAAGAAUAAGAAUUCCACAUCUUCGUCUUCAGGUAGAACAGCCGAUCCCAACAAUGCGGCGAAUUUCCAGAAGGAUUCUCGACUUAAGAGAUCUUUCUAUGGGUUUGCUUAUACGCCCACAGGUUCUUUGUUGCCUAACUGUGGAAACAAAUUGGAGGAGGUUAUUAGGGACGUCCAACUUUUGUCUCAACUAACACCGAGAAUUCGUCUAUAUGGGGCAGAUUGUAAUCAGACCGCCCUCGUCCUCGAUGCGAUUGCUCGAACCAAGGUUGACCUGCAAGUAUACCUGGGCAACUAUCCGAUACCUACAAACAACAGUGCGUAUCAACGGCAACGGGAUGAUAUUCAGGAUGCCAUUAAGAAGUUUGGGGUUGAUCAUGUCGCUGGCAUUACUGUCGGAAAUGAAUUCAUUCUCAAUUACCUCAGUGCAAACGGAGGCACAGAUCAGAGUCCAGAUAGUGCCGCCGGUAAUCAAGGAGCAGCAAUACUCAUUGACAAUAUCAAGGACACAAAGAGCAUGAUUACUGGGAUGAAUCUGCCCAAGGACAUUCCGAUCGGGAAUGCGGAUGCUGGAAGUUUCUUUAACAAACAAGUUUUGCAGAAUGUUGCCUAUGGGAUGUCGAACGUCCACCCCUGGUUCGCGAAUGUGACCGUUGAGACCGCGGCUGAUUGGACAUUCCAAUUUUUCCAAGAUAACAAUGUCAAUCCAGCAGCUCAGCUAUCGAACAAACCUCAGAUGUCUAUUGCGGAGACUGGAUGGCCGACAAAAUCUUCUGACGAAGGAAACAAGUCGAAUGGAGCCUCGUUAGCGUCAACGGAGAAUCUUCAGAAAUUCAUCGACACCUUCGUUUGUCGGGCUAACCAGAAUGGAGUACAAUACUUCUUCUUUGAGUUUUGCGAUGAACCUUGGAAGGAUCAACAAUUUGGUGGUGUUGAAGGAUGGUGGGGACUCUUCAAUAGCGACCGUACCCUCAAGAACAUCACUAUUCCAGAUUGUGCAGCCCCUUGA